AGCACCAAAUUUGAACCAAGGAGCACAAAAGCACACAGCAAGCACAAGCAGAAGCUCACACUCAAAAAGAAAGAGAACUCGACUGAACGCUGCAACCCCUACUGCAAGCCUACCCAUCUUUUUCAGACUGAACACUGCAACCCCACAUGCUAGAACGUGUUCGCGCCAAUGGCGGGACUGCCCAGAUGCCUAGUCAGCAUGUCCCGCCACGCCAGUUUGAAUGGCGGUAUGGACCCUGUCCCGCUGAUGCCAAUGGCGGCAUCCAUGGUUUUGCACCCUCCGCUGUUUCACAUGGAUUCAGACAACGGAAAUGAAGCAGAACAUAGCUGUCUAGAAGAGAGUACAAGUAUAUUUGAAGGAGUUGAAGUUCAAGAACCAUAUGUGGGCAUGGAAUUUGAUUCUGAAGAAGAUGCUAGGGAGUUUUAUGUUGAUUAUGCCAGACGGAUAGGAUUUGUUGUACGCAUAAUGCAACGGCGACGUUUUGGAAUUGAUGGGAGGACUCUUGCUCGCCGACUUGGAUGUAACAAACAAGGAUUCUCACCAAAUAACAUGGGAAUAUUAGGACCAGAAAAAAAGCUAAGACCUAGCGCCCGAGAAGGUUGCAAGGCAACAAUUUUGGUGAAGUUGGAAAAAUCAGGAAAAUGGGUUGUCACAAGAUUUGUAAAGGAUCACAACCAUCCUCUAAUUGCUACAGCUAAUGGGUUCAGCACAGCGGUGAGUUUUCUGCUUGUUUAAAUAAUUCUGCACAGUUCACUGUGCAGUAUGUAUAAACUUAUUUCAUACAAGUUGUAAGUGAUAAUAGCCAUUUCUUUUUUACUUUUUGGGAUCUGCUUUGCCGGUGAGUCUGUGAAUUGUGCAUAUAAGACCUGUGGUUUUAUCUGCUGAUAACAUUAAUAUAUUUUGUUAAUAUCUGUCAUAACCUGAGACAUCACUGAUUUGUUAGAUUCUCUUUAUUUGGAAAAUUUGCA